AUGGAUAAGCCAAACUACGCUCGAUAUCUCGGGUCUAUUUACCAAAAUACCAACUGGGAAGUGGCAAGAAUUCCACAUGGGUCCAUUAAUGCCACUCUGCAUGCAGUCAAAACAGUUGGACAAGCUGGGCCACAGUCCCUUAUCUUGAAGCGCGCAUCGCCAUUCUUCGAGGACGAGGGCCAGCUGCAGCCGUUUUCUUUAAACCGCCAGACAGUAGAAGCUACUGUCAUGAGCCUCUGGGGGGAGGAUGGGCUAAUCUCAAAAGAUACUGCAUGUCCAGAUACAUGGCGCUUACCGCGGUUUAUACGCCACGACCGAGGAGCGGAAUCAGAUCUGUUGAUCACUGAUAAGAGCGACGAGGCCUCUAUCCUUCUAUUUGAGGAUCUGGGCGAAGUUGUCAAUCUCUUUGACCGUGUUGAGGUCUGGGCCCAGUCAGGCACAUCGCCCAAGGUGAAGGAACUGGUGUCGCGAAUUGGGAGUAUCUUAGGGAAUUGUCUUGCAACGAUGCACAGUCGACAUACUGCUGUUGCAAUUGAGUCUCGCCCCGAUAUCGCAGAGGUACUCUCCCAGUCUCUUACAGACGACGUCGUCUGGUAUCUCGCAAUGGAUUUUUUACCAGAAUACCUAACGAAUGUUCCCAAAGGAGAGAUAUACUAUCAACGACUCGUCAAGGAUAUCAAGGACCCACAAUAUUCGUACCCGGCCUGUCUCGUGCACGGAGACUUUAACUUUGGCAAUAUAAUGCUGCCACUGGCUCCCGACCUGGACCAUGAGCUGCGCCCAGUUAUUAUUGACUGGGAAUUUGCGACAAGCAAAGGUAGGGGUGUCAAUGGAGACGUGUCGGAGUUCCUAUCUAGUCUACAUUGUCGACUUAUCAGUGCCCGGCGACAGCAACCAGAGCUAGGCGACUUGCUCAGGCGGCUUUGCAACAGCUUCUGCUCUGGUUAUAGUCAAAGAGCAGGGCUCGAUUGCAAGAUGGAGAAAGGUGAUUUGAAUUCGCAACUUUACCGUUCAGCCUUGUUAUUGAAUGGAAGAGACAUGAUCAACUAUGCACACGACUCCUGUGCUAAAGAUGAAGCUUUCAAUGAGAUGAUUGAUAUGGGGCUGUGGUAUCUCGAGCGGGCGGGCGAUAACAUGGAUGAUUUCUUAGAGGAAUCACACCGCACAGAACUGCUCAAGGAGGACGAAGGUCUCAUUCGCUCUCUCUUCAUCUUCAACUAG